AUGUCAUCUGAUUCUUCUUCGUCGGGGGAUUUAAAUUAUCCUACUUCUUCCGACGAAUCCACGGGUAGUUCUUUGCAAUUUUUGCUUAAAGCACAUAAGUAUCUUCAAGACACCGCAAGCUCUAGUGAAUUCCGACCCCGUCAAAGUAUAGAUCGCCGGCGUGAUAUUGGUCUUCAAACUCUAAUGAAUGAUUGGUUUGUUGAAGAACCAAAGUAUGACGACGCUUAUUUUCGUCGCAAGUUUCGUAUGGAUAAAAGUAUGUUUUUAUCCAUAGUAGACAACAUUGAAGCAAACUUCCCAUAUUUUCAAGAAGGAUACGACGCUCGAGGCAAGAGAAGUUUCUUGGCUUUACAAAAGAUCACGUCGGCGGUAAGACAACUUACAACAGGCAACGCACCCGAUGAGUAUGACGAGUACUUAUGCAUGUCCGCAGGAACUUCACGUGAAACUCUUGAUCAUUUUUGUGAUGCCAUCAUUAAGCUGUAUGGCCGAGAGUACCUACGUAGGCCGACUCAACACAAUGUUGCACGCAUAUUCGAGGCCCAUGAGGCUAAGCACCACAUUCCCGGCAUGCUUGGUAGCAUCGAUUGUACCCACAUCGAAUGGAGGAAUUGUCCUAGAAGGUUGAGAGGGCAAUAUACGAGAGGUGACUAUGGUGUGCCUACUAUUAUGAUUGAGAUUACGGCGUCACAGGAUUUGUGGAUUUGGCAUGCCUUUUUUGGAGCGCCGGGGUCGAACAAUGAUCUCAAUGUGUUGAAUCAAUCCGAUUUGUAUCUUCAAGAGAUACUAGGAACGGCUCCAAAUAGUUCAUUUUCUGUGAAUGGACGGGAUUACAAACGCGGCUACCAUCUUACCGAUGGAAUCUACAACAAGUGGGCAACCUUAGUUAAAGCGUACCCGUAUCCUACCGACCCAAAGGAAAAGAAAUUCAAGAGGUUACAAGAGGCAGCAAGAAAAGAUGUGAAGCGCGCAUUCGGUGUGCUCAAAGAAAAAUGGAAGAUUCUCAUUCGACCUCUCCGGCCUAUGACCAAACACAAAAUUGGUCAAUAUGUUUAUGCGCUAUGUAUUUUGCAUAACAUGAUCAUAAAGCGCGAUGGUAGGGCGAUAUCACCGGUUCAUAUCAUGGAUCCGCCGGUGGAAGCAGUUUAUAACGGUGAUGUAUACGAUGAGAUACAAGAUGAGGAUGUCCAUCACCGUCUUCGAUUCGACCUCACGGAGCAUGUCGUGGCUCAAAAUUUGCCAUAUCUUAAUGAGUAG